AUGGUUUUAAUUCUAGUAUUGGUACCACAUAUUAUUCUUGAAUGUUCAAGCUGCAUCUGCGGCGCAUCCUACGCCUUCGCCAUCUACUCCUCCGUCCUGAAAUCCACCCAAGGCUACGACCAAUCAACGCUCGACAUGGUGUCCGUCUUCAAGGACAUCGGCGCCAACGCCGGAAUCCUCUCCGGCCUCCUCUACUCCGCCGUGACGGUCCGCCGCGGCGGAGGAUCGCGGCCGUGGGUGGUCCACUUGGCGGGGGCGAUUCAGUGCUUCGCGGGAUACUUCCUUAUCUGGCUUUCGGUGAUCGGAGUCAUUAACCGGCCGCCGGUGCCGGCGAUGUGUUGCUUCAUGUUGAUGGCAGCGCACGCUCAGACGUUCUUCAACACCGCUAAUGUCGUCACCGCUGUUCACAACUUCCCUGAUUACAGUGGGACCGUCGUCGGAAUCAUGAAGGUAUAUUUAUUCUAUUCAGACUCAAUUUGGGUUUAUUUUUGAGAUAAUUUUAUUUAUGUGUAUAUUUAAAAAAGGCAAAAUUACAUAUAGCCCUGAAGUUUGGCCAAAU